ACCGCCUCUAUAAAAUGGAUCGGAGACCAUCCAAAGCAGCACAACGCGCAUUCUCUUCUUUUUUUGGUUUGGUCUUUUCUUCCGACUAAUUCAUCCUCAUGGCUCAGACUGUUGUCCUCAAGGUUGGUAUGUCAUGCGAAGGCUGUGUUGGGGCCGUUAAGAGGGUACUUGGCAAAAUGGAAGGGGUGGAGUCAUUCGACAUUGACUUGAAGGAGCAGAAGGUGACGGUUAAAGGCAACGUGCAGCCUGAUGCAGUUCUGAAAACAGUUUCCAAGACUGGGAAGAAGACUUCCUUCUGGGAAGCAGAAGCAUCAGCAGAACCUGGAGCAAAGCCUGCUGAAACUGUACCUGUUGCUUAAUGUCUUUCAACAGAUUCCUCUAUGGGACUAUAAGGGCUGUUAGUGGGUUAGCUUGGGGGAAUAUUAUGAACAAAAAUAUGAUCUAUUUUGUUAUGAACAAAUAAAUAGUAUGUGAACUAUGAUCUAUCUUUUCAUUUGAAUGUAAACUGCUAAAGUUGCUUUAAUGUUUAUUAUAUGUCUGGUAUUAGUAA